CGUGUCAGCUUUCUGUCAAAUUGUGUACGCGUAGCAAUUGCUCGAAUUCAUUCCAAUCCAUUCCAUUCAAUUUGCCGAGAUUUUAGGUAGAACCUACAGUUAGUAGUAUUAAUCUGUUUCGACUGAGACCAGUAUUUUUAAAUUCCCGAUAAUCUAAAAAGAAAACAUGCCUGCCGCUCCAAGUUCAACAUCAGUUGGCUCAGGCAGUCGCUCUCCAAGCAAAGCAUCAAUUGCUCCCAGAGCUUCUAGUGGAGGCACUGUUAGACAAAGAAAAACAACCACCACAGCAACAUCUGCAAGAAAUCGUGCCACAGGCGCUGGUUCUGGUGGCAUGUGGCGCUUUUACACAGAUGAUUCUCCUGGUGUUAAAGUAGGACCAGUUCCAGUGCUAGUUAUGUCCCUUCUAUUUAUUGCAUCUGUGUUCAUGUUACACAUCUGGGGAAAAUACACAAGAGCCUAAAAAUUAAAGACUGUACCUAUGUGCCGGAAUGUAUUGUUGUGAGAAUGAAGAUAAGGGUGAUAAAUUUUAUGUUCUUAAAAAUUGUUUGUAAUUUAGUUUCAGAUUUAAUAAAUAGUUUUAAGGAUAAUAAUUUAUUGUGUAAGUUGGUUAAUUAAAAAUAAACAAGAAUAAGUAUUGCAUAUUGGUGUUAUUAUCACUUUGCAUGGAUUACUGUUCUUUUAUCCAUUAUUAUUUGUUCUAAAAUAAAGUUUUUAAUAUAUUAUA